CGUCUCGACCAGAGGUCGUCACGUGACAAAGCGGAUGCAGACGACACGAGGCGCAAACAGAGAUAUACCUCUAUAUAAGUGUUAUUUUGCGGCAUGGUCCAGGCAGUCGAUUGUCUUACUUUACCGCUGUACCAACAUGGAGUUCCGCACGCUUAUCCUGGUCGGGUUCCUUGUCCUCGUCGGAGCUGUCUGCAGCGCCCAGGCAGCAUGCCCGAGCAACCGCGGUGUGGUCAGCGAUUGCGAGUAUUCCCCCUGCACGAAGAGCGAAUGCGAGGCCAAGAACCUCGAGUGCUGCCCCAAGCCAUGUGGGGGAACAUGGUGUGUCAAGGGUGUCAUCGACGGCAUCACUUUCGGCUCGCCCUGUCCCCAAGUGCAGCCUCCUGAAGGCGGCUGUCAGGGCCGGGAAAGCGACCAGACGUGCGAGGAUCUGCGCUGUACGUCCACUUCGCAGAAGGUGUGCUGCCUGAGCGCAUGCGGAGAUCCCUUCUGCGGCCCGCGUAUAGCUUAAGGGUUGUCUAACUUCUUGCUACGAAUAAAAAGACGUGAUACGAGUACAUUUAUUUUCGUGUAA